ACACCACUUGCUCUCCACCACUUCCUUUCCCACAUAUCCACACUCCUCCAGAUUCAAAACCCAAAUCUGAGAUUCGAUCUCACCGACGACUAUGAAGGUUGUCGACAAGAUCAAAUCCGUGACGGAGCAAGGCCAAACCGCCUUCUCCUUCGAGUUCUUCCCUCCGAAGACCGAAGAUGGAGUCGAGAAUCUCUUCGAGCGGAUGGAUCGGCUGGUCUCGUACGGCCCCAGCUUCUGCGACAUCACCUGGGGCGCGGGAGGAUCCACCGCGGAUCUCACCCUCGAGAUCGCGUCGAGGAUGCAGAACGCGAUCUGCGUGGAGACGAUGAUGCAUCUCACUUGCACCAACAUGCCGGUGGAGAAGAUCGACCACGCGCUCGAGACGAUCAGAUCCAACGGGAUUCAGAAUGUGCUUGCGCUUAGAGGAGAUCCGCCUCACGGGCAGGAUAAGUUCGUUCAGGUGGAGGGAGGGUUUGCUUGUGCUUUGGAUCUGGUGAAUCAUAUUAGGAGCAAGUAUGGUGAUUACUUUGGGAUCACUGUUGCUGGCUAUCCUGAGGCUCAUCCGGAUGUGAUUGAAGCUAAUGGACUUGCUACUCCUGAGUCUUAUCAGAGUGAUCUUGCUUACCUGAAGAGAAAGGUUGAUGCUGGAGCGGAUCUGAUUGUUACUCAGCUGUUCUAUGAUACUGAUAUUUUCCUCAAGUUUGUGAAUGACUGUCGGCAAAUUGGGAUUAACUGUCCUAUUGUUCCUGGGAUUAUGCCCAUUUCCAACUACAAGGGGUUCUUGCGUAUGGCUGGUUUUUGCAAGACCAAGAUACCUGCUGAGCUCACUGCUGCCUUGGAGCCUAUCAAGGAUAAUGAAGAAGCUGUGAAGGCCUAUGGUAUUCACUUUGCGACCGAGAUGUGCAAAAAGAUUUUGGCCCAUGGAAUCACUACCCUUCAUAUCUACACACUUAACGUGGACAAAUCAGCUAUUGGAAUAUUAAUGAACCUUGGUCUGAUUGAUGAGUCUAAAAUCACUCGUUCUUUACCUUGGAGACCCCCUGCAAAUGUUUUCCGUACCAAGGAAGAUGUUCGCCCCAUUUUCUGGGCAAACCGUCCAAAGAGCUACAUAUCUAGGACAAAGGGCUGGAAUGACUUCCCACAGGGACGAUGGGGUGAUUCACGCAGUGCAUCAUAUAGUACACUUUCGGAUUAUCAGUUCAUGCGCCCACGAGCACGUGACAAGAAGCUUCAGCAAGAAUGGGUUGUCCCAUUGAAAGGCAUUGAAGAUGUUCAAGAGAAAUUCAAAGAGCUCUGUCUUGGAAACUUAAAAAGCAGUCCUUGGUCUGAGUUAGAUGGUCUCCAGCCAGAAACAAAGAUCAUAAACGAGCAACUCGGAAAAAUAAACUCCAACGGCUUCCUGACCAUCAAUAGCCAACCAUCAGUCAACGCAGCCAAAUCCGAUUCCCCAGCUAUUGGAUGGGGUGGUCCUGGUGGUUACGUCUACCAGAAAGCUUACCUUGAGUUCUUCUGCUCAAAGGAUAAGUUAGACACACUUGUGGAGAAAUCCAAAGCUUUUCCUUCUAUCACCUUCAUGGCUGUGAACAAAGCAGAGAACUGGGUAUCAAACAUCGGUGAAUCCGAUGUGAAUGCAGUUACUUGGGGAGUGUUCCCAGCUAAGGAGGUUAAUCAACCGACAAUUGUUGAUCCAGCAAGUUUCAAAGUCUGGAAAGACGAAGCCUUUGAGAUUUGGUCAAGAAGCUGGGCUAACUUGUACCCAGAAGAUGACCCUUCUAGAAAGUUGCUCGAGGAGGUGAAGAACAGCUACUAUUUGGUAAGCUUAGUGGACAACGAUUACAUCAACGGUGAUAUAUUCUCCGUCUUUGCUUGAUCUCUGAGAAACCCCCAACGGUGGGACGAGGAGACAUUCGAUUUUCACGAUUUGUUGUAACCUUUUUAAAGAUAUUUGUGAAAUGUGAUGAACCAACUAUAGACAUCAGUUUCCAUUGUGGCUUGUUCUUUUAUCUUUCUAUCAAAACAAAUAAAUCAAGAAAUGUUGGUAUUUUUUCAA